AUGUCUGAGGCUCCAGCCAACAAACGCCAGAAGAGAUCCCCAGAAGAUGACUUGAUUUGUCCAAUCAGCUUGGAGUUACCAUGGGAACCAGUCACAGCAGAGGAUGGACGUGUAUAUGAGCGUGAAUGCAUUGAGGAGCACAUCAAGAAAAAUCCAGGGAAUCUCAAGUCUCCAAUCACUAAUGAAAAAAUGGGCAGGAGACUCCUUCCUGCCAUCUGGGUUCACAACCACAUUGACACAUUGGUGGAAUCAGGUGCCAUUGAAGGAGAUCUGGCUGCCAAGUGGAACAAAAAGGUGGAGCAGAAGAAGAAAAUGGAAGAAUUGUUGAAAAAGGCAGAUGGUGGUGAUGGAGACGCCAUGCAUAGCGUAGGAUUGCGUUUUUUACUAGGCCUUGGUGGUUUCAACCAAGACACUGAGUUGGCCUUUCAGUGGCACCAGAGAUCUCAUGAGGCUGGGAAUGUCAAAAGCACAGCUGUAGUUGGCCGGAGUUAUUUGCUUGGUACUGGAGUGCAGCUGUGCAGGCAGAAGGGCACUAUGUAUGUCUCAAUUGCAGCAGGCCAAGGAUCCAACGUUGCGGCAUUUGACUUGGGAAUGGCCUUGGCUGAUGGAAAGUAUGGCUUUAGUGUGAACAAGGCAGAGGCUAUCCGCUGGCUGGAGAAGGCUGUUGGGGACUGCUCUCAUGACCACUUGAGAGAUUCAUUCAAGAACCGAGCUCAACAAAAGCUGAAUGAGCUGAAGGCCUCAGUUUCUGAACCAGAAGCAAGUUCUGUGACCCCCUGA